ACUAUAAUUAUCAUUUCUGAAUAAAUAAAAAUAUAAAGCGUUGAAUUUGGUACGAGUCAAGUGAGAACAGAAGCAAAAAAGGAAAGUAGGCACAAGGCAAAGAGCCAAGUGAUGAGAAAAGUUCAGUUUUCCAUUUUUAAAAUGGAGUGUAGAUACGGCAAAGUUUAGUUCAAUUCCGAGCCCCCAGGCCCAGGUGCAUUUUGCAGAUCCAACACGCCUCAAACCCUAUUUAUAUCCAACUGUCUCUGUUUUUUCCUUUCAUUUCAUCAAUUCAAUGCUAAAGCCACGCCUUCCCCUGUUCAUAAACAACUCAAGGGUUAGUGUUGGUCACAUCCAUCAAACAUGCGCACCUUGAUUCUUGGCGUGCGUCAGUGACUGAACCUGAAAGAGCGUCAGGUUCAUUUAUAGCCCAGAACUGCCCUGUAGUGUAGUCCGUGUCACCCAAUUCAAAACGUGAACAAACGUUUCCAGCUCCACCAAUUUAUUAUUUUCUUAUUACUACUAAAAACCAACCCAAGCUUUGCUAGUGCACUUGUUGCUUUGAGAACAAAACGAGAUGGGUAAUUGCCAAGCCGCGGAGGCAGCUACGGUGGUGAUUCAGCACCCAGGGAACAAGAUCGAGAGGAUUUAUUGGUCUGUUAGCGCUCACCAAAUCAUGGACUCCAAUCCUGGUCACUACGUUGCGCUUGUUGUCUCCUCACCUACGCUUAAGUCUGAGAAUGGCACGCCAUUGAAGCAGCUUAAGCUUCUUCGACCCGAUGACACUUUGCUUAUUGGCCAGGUUUAUCGCUUGAUCACUUUUGAAGAUGUGUUGAAGGAGUUUGCUUCUAAGAAAUGUGGUAAGCUGGGGAAAUUGCUCAAGGAGACGGGUGGCCAUGGAAUUCAGAUGAAGCACAGAGACUCCAGAGCACCCAAUCCUAGUCCCACCAAGGUGGAACAGGAGAUUCAACAAAUGGGAAACAAUGGCGGCAGCAGCAGCAGCAGCAGCAGCAAUAACAAAAGUGUUGGAAGGCAAUUCGUUGGUGGUGGUGGGCAAUGGAGGCCAGCCUUACAGAGCAUUGCAGAAGUUGGAACUUGAAAGCACUAUUAGCCCCUCACUCCCAUGAAUAAAACCAUUUCACUCUUUUCAAUACAUUCAUAUUACCCUCCUUAGUUAGUACCCUACCAUAUAUAGGGUCUGUGUUAAACGUAGUUCUCAUUAUGUCAUGACAUGGAACAUGUACUAUACAUCUUGAACUUACAAUUAGUCAUUACCCAACUUGUUGUAGAAUAUCAUGCUGGUUUGUUUUGUUAGACUUAAUUAAACCGUUUUCUGAGUUGCCUGGUUUGGUUUGGUCGUGUGUGUAGCUUUGCCUUGAAAUUUUGGUAGUGGACCAGUCUAUGGAUUUGGAUAUACAUUUGAAUGUUCCACUGCCUUUCAACGCCUCUCGAUUCUUCACAAACUAAUUGCCCAUGAAACUUGGGAAUGUUGAUGUUGUGGUCCUAUAUAAUAUAUCCUUUUCCCCUAUUAUGGU